AUGCGAGGCGAAGCCCUUGGAACUGCCGGUGGUACAGACCGACCUUUAGGGGGUGUGAGAAGGCCUGGCUGCGGCGCAAUUAGUGAUGGUUACGCCUUUCACAUGUCCGGCCACGGUGAUGACCACAUCCCAUGGGGGGGUCAUGGAUAUCUCCAUCAGACUUCGCCCACUGGUAGGAGACACAGCGCCAGUAGUGAAAAUGGAACAUUUAUUUUCUUAUUACAUUUAGACUGCUGCUCCUGCAACCAGAAUCCUGAAUUGCAUUGCUGGACCAGAUCAAGUUACAUGCCUUUACGGGUCUUGCAAACCAGGGCAUAUGGACAGCUUCAAGAUGAUCUGCCCAUCAGGAUGUUUAUUUCUGAGGCAGUCUGGAUCGAAAGGUCUAUGAGGAGACCUCGCAAGUGGCCGGACAAGUCGAUCAAACCUGUCAUCAUCCCGGUCUCGUCCCGGCGCAGGAAUCCGGCCUCUCGUCCCGUUUCCCCCGUGGACCUUCAGCACCUGGACCAGAAGCCGGGCAGCAACCUGGUCGACCCGGGCAUCGACCUCCUCGACUACUACAUUUCCGUGGAGUGGGACAUCCUGAAGGUCCCGGCCAUCAGGAACGAGCGCUUCUACCCGUGCUGCGAGGAGCCCUACCCGGACAUCUACUUCAACAUCACCAUGAGGAGAAAGACGCUCUUCUACACCGUCAACCUCAUCAUCCCGUGCGUCGGCAUCUCGUUCCUGUCGGUGCUGGUGUUCUACCUGCCGUCGGACUCGGGCGAGAAGGUGUCGCUCUGUAUCUCCAUCCUGCUGUCGCUCACCGUGUUCUUCUUGCUGCUGGCCGAGAUCAUUCCUCCGACGUCGCUGGCGGUGCCGCUGUUGGGGAAGUACCUGCUGUUCACCAUGAUCCUGGUGACGCUGUCCGUCAUGGUGACGAUAGGCGUGCUCAACGUCAACUUCCGCUCGCCGUCGACGCACAAGAUGGCGCCGUGGGUGCGGAAGAUCUUCAUCGAUCUGCUGCCGAAGUUCCUGCGGGUGGAGCGGCCGCAGAAGGACUCCGGCGACGAGGGUCCCGACGAAGUCACGGCCGGAGGGGACACGUCCUUCACGCCCUCCAGCGACGGCUUCGACAAGUUCCCUUUCGAGGACACGUACGACAUCCCGGCCAUCCCGCCCUCGCCGUACGACCGGGACCGCUACGGGGACGACCACCACCUGGCACUACCCGCGCCCGAGUGCCACGCCCCCGUGCACGCACACGACCCGCCCUUCGUGCCCGAGAUGGAGGAGCCGCGCCAGCACUCCGAGCACCGCACCCUCAGGAGCAUCGAGUACAUCGCGCAACACAUGAGGAACGUCGACUCCUUCGAGGAG